AUGGAAUCAGAAUCAUCAAAUGGUUACACUACAAAUUUCAUUCGUGUAAUUGUCGUUCUAUUCAGCUUUAUAGGAGCGUUCGCAGUUGGAGUGUUUGUUGCAAGUCCUCAUUAUAGUACUCAUAUUUAUCGAACUUUGUGUCGAAAUCCUGCUAUAUUGUCUAUUCUAUCUCCAAGUAAUGCAAGCCGAAUUAAUACAACCAAUUCGGCACAACAAUCGUUCUUGAAUGUAAGUCUUACAUACAAGACCGAUAAAGUUACGACACAUCAUUAUGAUAUAUUAUAUGAGAAAUAUUUAAGCAAAUAUGUAGGAUCCAAUGUUAUUCUACUUGAAAUUGGAUUAGGAUGUGGAAUGCCAUAUGGACCAGGUGCAUCAGCAUAUGUAUGGCGUCAUUAUCUAGGACCAUUAGCAAAUAUUUAUUUUCUUGAAUUUGAUCGUCGAUGUGGUGAAGAAUGGUAUAAAUCUCAUGGACAUAAGGUGAAUGUCACCAUGUUUUAUGGCAGUCAAGAUGAUAUACAAGUUUUAAACAAUGUGAAAUCAGCACAAGGUUAUUUUGAUGUAAUUGUUGAUGAUGGUGGUCAUUCAAUGAAUCAACAAAUUACAUCAUUUGUUCAAUUAUUACCAAAAGUAAAAUCCGGAGGAAUUUAUGUUAUAGAAGAUUUAUUAACUAGUUAUAUCUCGACGUAUGGUGGUGGUUAUCUUCGUAAUUCAACAACUAUUGAAUUUAUAAAGAAAAUUAUCGAAAAUAUUCAAACUGCUUCACCAGAAAAGUCUAUACAAGUGGCUAAAAGAAUACGUUCUCUUGAAAUCGGAGACGAAAUCUGUUUUUUCACUGUUAAAUAA